CUUCCCAUAAAAGCAGUGCCCUCUUCUGCUUUCUUUUUCACUACCAAAAUUCACAUUCGCAUUCUCCAGAAGAACAAAUUCGAUCUAUAUCGAUUAGUCAUUGUUUGAUUUCUUCGAGAUGGCUCGUACUAAGCAAACCGCUAGGAAAUCCACCGGAGGCAAAGCACCGAGGAAGCAGCUGGCAACCAAGGCGGCGAGGAAAUCGGCUCCGGCCACCGGAGGAGUGAAGAAGCCGCAUAGAUUCCGUCCAGGAACCGUUGCACUGAGAGAGAUCAGGAAGUACCAGAAAAGCACAGAGCUUCUGAUCCGUAAGCUUCCUUUCCAGCGUCUGGUUCGUGAGAUCGCUCAGGAUUUCAAGACGGAUCUGAGGUUUCAGAGCAGUGCCGUUGCUGCUUUACAAGAGGCGGCUGAGGCUUACCUUGUUGGUUUGUUUGAAGACACUAACCUUUGCGCAAUUCACGCCAAGAGGGUCACUAUCAUGCCUAAGGAUAUCCAGCUCGCAAGGAGGAUCAGAGGAGAAAGAGCUUGAAGACUUUUGGUUUAGUUCGUCAAUGGCACUCUAUUUAUGGGACUUUUGAUUUUGGUUUAGUAGUUAAUGGGUUCUUGGAUCCUUUUUAAUUUUCGUUGUUAGGUGCUUUUGUUUAGUUAGUCUUUAAGGUGUUCGACGAAAUAUCCCAGAGAAAGUUUCUCUUGUUUAAUAUAAGCUUAUUCGCCUA